GUCUUCGUUUGUCUCCUCCGCCUCCUCCUCCUCUACGAAGCUCCCCUCCUACUUUCUUUCCAAUUCUUUGGCUCUCACCCCUCAUCUCAUCUCGUGACCCAUACAAUUUCCUGCUUAUAUAUAUAUAUAUAUAUAUAUGUAUACGACUUCAUACGUAUAACACUACUCCUGCAACACAACUACUCUCAAGCAGCUGCCAACAACCCACAAAAGCCAAUUCUCUCUCUCAGUCUCACACACACACAUCAGCGGUGUUUGUGUAGUAGUAAUGGCAUUAAAAGUCCUUGAUGCUCUCGACACAGCGAAAACCCAGUACUACCACUUCAAAGCAAUCAUAAUUGCAGGAAUGGGAUUGUUCACCGACGCCUACGAUCUCUUCUGUAUCCCUCCAAUCAUGAGACUCAUUGGCCGCCUCUAUUACCCGGACUCCGACGACGGGGAUCCCAACAAGAGUUACCAGGUCCCCAUCGCCAUCACCUCCGCCAUGGUCGCCAUCGCUCUCUUAGGGACCGUCAUCGGUCAGCUAGUCUUCGGAUACCUCGGCGAUCGUAUGGGCCGACGCCGUGUCUACGGCCUCGCACUCAUGUGCAUGGUGCUCAGCUCUAUUGGGUGCGGAUUCUCUAUCUGCACUUCCCCGGCCUGUGUAUUGGUGAGUCUGGGUUUUUUCAGGUUCUUGCUUGGUGUGGGGAUUGGAGGGGAUUAUCCGCUGUCGGCGACUAUUAUGUCAGAGUUUGCUAAUAAGAAGACUCGUGGGGGUUUCAUAGCCGCCGUUUUCUCGAUGCAGGGAUUGGGGAUUUUGGUGAGUUCCACGGUGACCAUGACGAUUUGUGCCAUAUUUGACGCGGCGUCGCACCCGCCUCAUGAUAAGCCGACGCCCAAGGAGGCGGACUUGGUGUGGCGGCUCAUCCUCAUGAUCGGUGCCAUUCCGGCCGGUAUGACUUUUUACUGGCGUAUGAUGAUGCCCGAAACUGCCAGAUACACAGCCUUGGUGGAGCAGAAUGUCCCACAAGCAGCCAAGGACAUGGAGAAAGUGUUGGAAGUUUCCCUAAGUCAGAUUGUAGAGGAUGUUGAAUUCCCAUCUCAUCCUCCUCCAUCUGAUUACCCAUUCCUUUCCAAAGCAUUCUUCCGCCGCCAUGGCCGCGAUCUCUUCUCAUGUGCCGCUUCAUGGUUUCUGGUUGACGUUGUCUUUUAUAGCACUAACCUUGUCCAAUCUCAGUUAAAUCACCAGUUUCUCCCCGAAAGGAAGAACUUGAAUGCGUAUCAAGAUGCCUAUGAAGUUGCAAGAUUCCAAGCACUGCUUGCAGUUUGCUCAACAAUUCCAGGAUAUUGGGCCACUGUCUUUUUCAUCGAUCGCAUUGGCAGAGUCAAAAUCCAGAUCAUGGGCUUUUUCUUCAUGGCUCUUGCCUUGCUUGCCAUGGGGAUACCCUACAUUGCAUACUGGUAUAACCACACAAAUAGAGGUUUUUUGUUUCUAUAUGGCCUCACAUUUUUCUUCUCAAAUUUUGGACCAAACACCACCACUUUUAUAGUUCCUGCAGAGCUUUUUCCAGCAAGAUUUCGAUCGACAUGCCAUGGAAUUGCGGGGGCUUUUGGAAAGGUUGGGGCGAUUGUUGGGUCUGUUGGAUUUUUUUGGGCUUCUGAAGACCACCAUGAUAACAAGCAUUCUAAUUAUGCGGUUCGGAUGGCAGCUGGAUUGGUGGUUUUGGGUGGAGUCUGCAUCGUGGGAAUGAUCACAACUUACUUGUUUACGCGCGAGACCAUGGGGAGAUCAUUGGAAGAGAAUGAGAACGAAGACCAAACCCAAGAGCUUUGUUUCUUGAGGUGUGCUACGAAUUCUUGCAUGCGGCGUAGGUCUAAUUCUGUUGAUGAAAUUGAUGCCAUAUAAACAAAAGCUAGAUGCAUGGAAACUUAUUUGGCUGUAAAAAUCAUAAAGAUCUUUUGAAAUACCUAAUUUUCUACGACUAUACGUGUAAGUAUGGUCUCACAUGGAAACGGAGCUCAGCUCACAUCCAUCCAUGUGUUUAGUUAAUAGAAAAAUUGGUCAUUUGGUAUCAGUGUGUGUAAUUAGUUGUAACAUUAUAAUUUAGUAACGGUAUAUAAACAAAGUUGUGAAAAAUAA